AUGCCUUCCGCAACCCCACACGACAAACAUCCUGAGAUUCUUGAUCUAACGAUAGAGGAUCCAGGAGCCUGGUCGUCGAGUGACGAGUCUGGAACCGACGACGAAGGGCAGAAGCAUACAGACAACCGCGAGCAAGAUUCUGCCGGCAAUGGAAGCUUCAAACCAGCCGACCCGGAAGUUCCCGCCACAUCGACGACCAAGAACAUCAGCAAAAUCCGUGGAGAUUUCUUUCAGAAUUUCAUCGGGUCCUGGAUCAAGGCAGAAACGCAGCUAAAGGACGAGGACUUCGAGGAGUCUAUUCGAGAAUGCAUGGCAAUUGAUACGCAGUCCUCCGAGCCAACCUAUCUCCAUUCUGUUGUUGCCGACAGAAUCCUUAGCCCGGACCAAAAGAAAUUUCUGUUUCGCAUCGCCUUUCGGCUAGACCCAGCUCAAGUACAUCAUACAGGCGGCAAGGAAGUUCGCUCCGCACUGCACCUUGCGGCUCUGUCAGAUCCCCAAUGGGCCGCCAAGGGAUUGAAGAGUGGGAAGAAGCAUGCAGUGGAAGAAAAAGAAGACCCGGGCUUGGUGCCAUUCAUUUGUAGCCUGCUGAAAAGCACCGUCAGCGGCACUGAAGCAGCCGCGGCCAUCGCUGUAGCUGAUGCCUGUGGAGAUACAUGCCUGCAUAUCGCGAUCCGCCGGGACAUCGUCGGUGUGAUGGACCUCAUCGACCUCAGUGACAAGACCACCUUCGAGAAGAAGCGUACCGGCGAUGGCGCGACGUUGGGAAACACUCCGCUUCAUGAUGCUCUGGAUUUCCAAUGGUAUCAUGUGCAGGCACCGGCCUGCAAGACAAAAGAGUUGUUGGAGAGCAUGGACAUUGACGAGCCAACUGCGUCUAGCAAGUCUGCAACAAAUGGUGGACAAGAAUCGGCCUGCAAAGAAUGUAGAGUCCGAAAUCGCAAAUACCGCGACACCAAGAAGAGACGGCGUGGGAUCGUCGGCGAGAUUCUGCGAACCUUUCCCGAUGCUCUCGCAAUGCGAAACGGGUUUGGGCUGUCUCCCUUCCUCUACCACCAACUUACCAGGGAGAAUACGGUUGGAAAACUGCAAAGUAAUGGGACUCCUGAUCUCGCGACCCAGAAAGAGCCCCCUCCAACGCCGACUGCAGUGAAGGAGCCGCGAUCUGGAAAAGUUCGGAGGGUUCCAACACAUCUAGUCUGGGGAGCUGAUUCGGGAUCAGAAAGCGUCGACAAACAGCCGAAGAAUCCCAAGGGUUUGGAUAAGCAGAAGCCCAAGAUGACUGCUCCUGGCCCGUCGUCGAACGGUACGACGAUGCUUGCACCAGACUCGCCGCAUCCUUCGAAGAAGAGGUCUAGCGGCUCUCGAGAAUGCCACGAUCCGGGCACUUGGCAUCAUCUCUCCAAUGAGACAAUGAAGCUUUUGAUAGAGAAGUCUUUCUCUCUCGGAGGCCGUUAUCGGGAUGCCUGCCACUGCCUCUUCCAGGAUCGAAAUUUGGUGACGGACGAUCAAGGGCACGGCCGUCGAGAUAGCUGGGAGCCGCCAAGAAGAAUCACGCCGCAGACAAUAAAGAGUUAUGAUUUUCUCAAGUUCGAGCCCAUGAUGGCGCUACUGCGCAUCAGGCUGACCCCUGAUCCCUGGGCAACCACACCCCUGACGUCGGAUCGAAGCUGGGAAGUGAUGACACGAGACGACGAGGACGCACUUGAAGCAUUCUUCACGUGGCUUAAGGGGCCCAAAGGAGUCACGACGAUACUCAAGCUGGUCGUCAUGGAGAACCAAGACAGGCCGUGCAGCGAGCGCGUAGUGAGGGAGUGCUUGAAAGGUCUUGACGUUCGAUACCUGGACUGGAAGAGACGAGACAUUUGCGUCGACACUCUCUUGGUAGUUCCUAAUAUCGUCGAGCUUUGGCUCUACUCAAGCGGUCUGAAUGCUGUGCUCUGCGGGUGGUCCGACGAGCACGGAUUGGGAAGGUUCACAAAGCUCAGAAGAAUUGCCAUCAGUUCCGGUAGAGGGUUUGAAGCCGAAGAUGUUAGGAAGGACAACAUGAAGGUGUUCGAGCGGAGGCUCUUGAAAUGGCACGAGAUAAAGAAGAGUAAAAUCGUGCCGGAAAUCUCUAUCACACCUGAGCCUGAUCGUCAAGACACCAUUGACACAAAUGACAACAUGACGAAGAAGAACUCAGCAGCUCAGUACCACCCAUGGUUUGAACAUAUUCGCCAAUUCACAGCAUCCUUACAGGGGGGGAUUGGCCAGCUACAAGAUGAUGACUUCAUCAAGAUCGCCCUCAUUGACGACGGAGUAGACCCAGAAUAUGAGAAUCUGGGCUACUUCUUACAUAGAUGUGGCUGGCCACCGGCCUCCAAAAUCACAUAUGGGGAUGACGGCAGCCACGAGGGUCUGCGCGAACAGUGUUUCUAUCCCGGCAGAGAACAGCAUGGAAACAAGAUGGCGUGGCUAAUCACACAAGCUUGCCCCUUCGUCAAAAUUUAUGUUGCGAAAGUGGACGCUGUGCAGAACGAACACCUGCCUCAUCCGUCAUUCAAAACCUCAGAAGCAGUCAAGGCCAUUGAAUGGGCGACCAAGGGGAAGAAAGUCGACAUCAUAUCGAUGAGCUGGAAUGUGCAGCGGAACGAAAACCACCCUGACAUCACAAGCUUGCUGGAAGCCGUCCGGAAGGCCAGCAACGCCAACAUCCUCAUGUACUGCGCAGCGAGCAACACCAAAGCCACGACCAAGUCGAACGAUCCCUACUUCCCUGGCGGGUUCAACGAGGUGACGGCCAUUGGUGCCGCCGACUGGGACCAGAUACGCAAGCCCUACGUUGGCGGUGACGCCGACUACCUAUUUCCAGGUGAUUACGUUCUCAACGGCCCUGACGGAAAGCCGACCAAGGAGGGAGGCAACUCGGCCGCUACAGCCCUGGCGGCAGGUAUGGCUGCGCUAAUUCUCUUCUGCAUCAAGAAGAGCGGGGAAGAGAUUCGCACCCCGGCGAGGACUGGCAUGGGAAAAGUCUUCGGCGACCUUCUCCGUGUCAGCGGGGAAACUGUCAACUUUGUGGACAUCAAAAACCUGGUUUCCCAGAACAGCGACAAGUCCUGGCCGUCACAUAAAGCCGUUGUGGAUCGCGCCCAAUCUUUGAUUGCAGGAUCGACAGAGUCCAAGACUCGAAAGACACGGUGA